UCCAUGAUUAAAAGAGCAGCAGGAGAAACACCCUCCUUCACUGUAUAGCAGCAGAACUGGACCAAACUUAUUUUUGGAUUACUAUAGAAAUCAAGUAGCAGGGCUUGUCCCAAGAAGAGAAUUGACCCUCAAAAUGUUGACUAACUUACCAACAUGCUGCAGCAAGUUGAGAAACUCCUUGACAAUAUUGCCACCACAUCCAUGUUGGUCAUAAUCACUAAGUCUUCUCCAGCUUUGAAUAUUUGAAUAUUUGAGAGUUAACUAAUUUGAGAAUAUUUACUUCCAGAAUCCUCCAAAUAGGAUUAAACGGGUUUUCAUUUGAAAUUAAGAGUUUGAUUAUAGUGAAAUCUUCAUUUUUGAGUUAUUUCUUUGUCGUAAGAGUGAAGGAUUGUAAAUAAUUUGGCAAUUAAUCACAGCCGUCACCAUGUCAACGUUAUUGUAUUUAUCCACAACUUGAUAAUGAUAAAUCCAUUAAUUGACUUAAAAUCUUUAGUUCAAUAACUUAAAAAUGUAAUAAACACACUAAGAUGCGUGAAUGAGUUCGGAAAAUAGCUCCAUGCAUAAUGCAUCUCUUGACUUUGAAUCCAUGAACCAUCUUUAUCUCUUGCAUGUUAUGUUAGUCUCUUAAUUGUAUGUUAAUCACUAUAAACUACAACUUGGUCUUAUAGUCAAAUCGAAGACCAAGACUCAUAAUCACUAAGUCUUCUCCAGCUUUCAAUAUAAAUAGUACGAAACCCUAAGGUAAUUUCAAUCACAAAACAUCUCAAAUAACAAAUCAAAAACAUCAAAGUUACAAUGUCUUCUCGACAAUCAGUUAGGCACCCGAGUCACAACCAUCCAUUGCGCAGUCACAAAUGCGAAGCAAAAGACGAAAUCAUCUGCUCAGGUUGCGAUCUCGAUCUGAUUGGUGCAGCUUUCAAAUGCACAAAAUCAUCAGACUGCGAUUACUUCUUGCACAAGUCCUGUUUUAGCCUUCCACGUGAAACCAACCACAAAUCUCACCAGCCCCACUGUCUGAAUUUACUCUAUUCCCCAAAGUCAAUGUACACGUGUCACGCUUGCGGUGAGUACGGAUCAAGUUUCACUUACAACUGUUCGAUCUGUCAGUACGAUGUACAUGUCGGAUGUGUCUCAAUGCCUGAAACCGUGAAGCGUGAAGAUCACGCACAUCCGCUCACUCUUCUUUACAGUUCUCCUUAUACCGAACCCGGUUUAGUUUUCACCUGCGAUGUUUGUAAGGAAACCGUACCGGAUAAUCUCUGGGCGUAUUACUGCAUGGAAUGCGAUUACGGUACACAUUUACACUCAUGUGCGAAAGAGGAAGAAGAGGCAAAGAAAGGAGAAGGAGAAGGAAGCAAAAGCUCGGCGAAUCAAGAGCUAGCUGCAAUGCUCGAAGCUCAAAGAGAGAUGGAGAAUAUGCAGAUUGAGAUUCACUUGGCCAUGCAGAGUGCUUUGUUCGCGAAAAAGGCGAAUAAGGCAGCUCUCAGUUAUAUCUAGUUUUAAGAAUUUGUGAUCCAUUUGGUAUUAUCUUCACUUUCUCAAUUUACUCGUAAUAUUUUAUUUUGUUUUUUACUUUUACUUGUUUGUUUUUCCUUGAUUUCGUGUUUCCAAGCUUUCAUGUAGUUGUCCUUUUUCUUUGUAAUUGUUAUCUGAAAUUAAUAAAAGCGAGAAGUGUUGUUGCUUCCUCAACCCUUGACCAUGUGAUAACAUGUUGAUAUCUUUCUCAUAGACUUAUAUCUAUACUUCAAAAACUAGAACACUAUAUAAACCAUGCCAUGAUGAUAAUCUAAUAUUUCGAAAUCAUUAAUUUGAAGAUAAGGGUUUUAUUAGGGGCUAUAUGCCAUAUCCAGUUUUAUAUAGCUGCCGUAAGAGUCAAAAAGCAUCUAUAACUAUGCAGCGUUGUAGUUUUUAUCCUCCAUCUUGUAAGUGAAAAUUUGAAUUUCAAAAAUCUUUAGUUUCAGUUGGUUAGAACUUUGCAACAAAUUCGUUUUGGUAUGACACUUGGACAGAUGUGGGAUGCCUAUCUGACUUGGUAAGAGCAAGAGGUUGUAUUGAGAUGGGUAUCAGAGCAAUAGCUUCAGUGUCCUCAGCUGUAGCGCAUAGGAAAAGAACACACCAGGUGGAGAUCUAUAAUAUGAUCGAGACAGUCUUGGAGGACCAAAGGUCCAUGAUGACUGAUACAGCUGAUGUCCCCUUAUGGAAACAAAAAGAAGACACAUACCGGCCCCAAUUUAGCAACAAACGAACCUGGAGUCUCAUUCGACAGGUGCAUCUGACAGUGCAAUGGCAUUUCGGGAUAUGGUUUCAGUAUGCAACCCAAAAAAAUCUGCUUUCUACACUAUGAUAGAACUGUAGCCAAUGCUGGUGUUCUUAAAGCAUGAUUAAUCCUGGUCUCUUAUUUGGGUUCUUAAUUCAUGAUUUAACACUUUUCGGCUAGAGACGUUUCUUAUAAGAGAUAUAAAAAACGUCUCUUAUAUCUUUUAUUUAAGAGACGGUUUUUAACUUUUCUUAGUUAAAAGCUACGACACGUCUCUUAUCCGAAGCUAGGAACCUCAGUCAAGAGACCAGGGUUAAUCAUGGUAUUUAUGUUCUAAUUUGAAAAAACUAAAACUGGUAAUAGAUUCAGUGAAAAUUCUGAUUUGAUUGAUAUUUGUGUUAGUGCAUGGUUAAUCGAGCUGCGUUCUUUUGAAAUUACUUAUAUACAGCUUAUUUCAUAAUGUAGCGUCGAGUUUGAGUCACAGGAAAAAAAAGUUUGAAGUCACAGAAUCAGGGAUUCAAGAGUCUCUUAUUAUUGUUUCAAUCAAACGUGUG